AGUCUUGGCGGACCAGUUUGACUUGUCAGUCGACACUCUUGAAUUUGCCGCGCUAUCAUACAGUAAAGACCUCUAUACCGUAAUUCUAAGCAACUGCUUUUAUUUGCGACUCGUCGGCGUGUUCCGCUAACUAUUGUUGGUAGCGAGUUUCACGUGGAAUACAACUUGAGGAGUUUUUCAAUGGAAAUUGGAGCAUGCGCAGAGAACGACGACGAGGUUGUGCUUUGCACUCAGCCAGUCGCAGCACCGUUGAAUGGAGUUGUAGCACUGGUGGACGUUCGUGGUCAAUGUGAAAAUCGUUUCCGGGGCAUUGCUCGAGAGGUCGAGAAGCUGGGAGGCAAAGCUGUGAGCAGGUUCACAUCUGACAUCACUCAUGUGAUUUUUCAGAAUGGCAAAACUCAUGUCAAAGAAAAGGCUGACAAGAAAGGCAUUCCAGUUGUGUCUGUGCUGUGGCUAGAAAGCUGUCGACAAACAGGAGAAAUUGCUUCAGAGGCAAAGUAUCCUGUCAUUUACAACGAGUCAACACCGGUCAUUUUGGGGAAGCUGAAGAGAAUGAAGUCAAUGCAACCAAAGUCAUUUGAUGAGCAGCUCAGUCGUAGCAUAGAGCGUGCAAAACAGAGAAGAGUCAAAGGCAUGCAGAAGGCUACCUAUCAUUCACCAGUAUUAGCAUUACUGCAAGGCUCCAAAUUUGGCAUCUUGGUCUUCUCUUACCCAAAUCUCUGGUGAUGACCCCACUGUAGCAGAGCUCGAAAUAAUGGACGGACAUCAGACAAUGUCCGGGCAACUGAAUCUAUGCGCAGACAUCCUAGUCCAGUCAUCAAUCUGAACUGUAGCCAAGGAAUCUUGAUUUUGUUAACCAAUGUGAGCUUAGAACAAGCUAGAGCAAGCUGUUGA